CACAGUUGCUCCGCGACCAGAGACGCGGUCACAAACCCUAAAGAGUAAAACCCUUUUGUCUUAUUCGUCUUCUGUUGUGUCCGUGACGAUGACUCUCUCUUCUCUCUCCCUCGACUUCAACCCUAUUCGGACGUCUAGGUUCGCCGCCGGCGGCGAUCUCCACCGCUCACCGUUUCUCCACCACCGUCCGAGCUUCAUCGUCUGCUCCGCUUCCAGGCGGAUCGUUCCUUCCGCGUCCUUGAGCGUCGCCGCCGCCGACUCUGCCGCCGCCGAGUCGCUCCGACGAAUCGAGUCACUGAGUCAAGUCUCUGGCGUUUUGGGCUGCCAGUGGGGCGACGAGGGUAAAGGAAAGCUCGUCGAUAUAUUGGCCGAGCAUUUCGACAUCGUUGCUCGAUGUCAGGGUGGAGCUAAUGCAGGACACACUAUAUAUAACGCGGAGGGGAAGAAAUUCGCUCUUCACCUCGUGCCUUCGGGCAUCCUGAACGAGGACACCAUUUGCGUGAUUGGAAACGGAGUGGUGGUGCAUUUGCCGGGCCUCUUCAAGGAGAUUGACGGGUUGGAAUCCAAUGGAGUUUCCUGUGAAGGAAGGAUCUUGGUCUCGGACCGAGCUCACUUGCUAUUCGAUUUCCAUCAAGAGAUCGAUGGACUCAGAGAAUCCGAGCUCGCUAAGUCGUUCAUCGGUACAACCAAGAGGGGAAUCGGCCCUUGCUACUCUAGCAAAGUGAUAAGGAAUGGCAUCAGAGUAGGCGAUCUCAGGCAUAUGGAUACUUUCCCUCAGAAGCUCGACGUUUUAUUGUCGGAUGCAGCCUCGAGGUUUCCGGGAUUCAAAUACACUCCGGAGAUGCUACAGGAAGAAGUCGAAGCAUACAAGCGAUAUGCCGAGAGACUGGAGCCCUUCAUAACCGACACUGUCCAUUUCAUGAAUGACUCGAUUUCUCAGAAGAAAAAGAUUUUGGUCGAAGGUGGUCAGGCUACGAUGCUGGAUAUCGACUUUGGUACAUACCCUUUCGUUACUUCCUCGAGUCCUUCGGCUGGCGGGAUCUGCACCGGUCUUGGCAUCGCUCCAAGGGUUGUCGGUGAUCUUGUCGGAGUGGUAAAGGCAUACACCACAAGAGUUGGUUCGGGUCCGUUCCCGACGGAAAUUUUGGGGCAAGGCGGUGACCUCCUUCGGCUAGCGGGACAGGAGUUCGGCACCACGACUGGUCGCCCUCGUCGGUGCGGCUGGCUUGACAUCGUCGCCUUGAGAUACUGCUGCCAAAUCAAUGGAUUCGCCUCUCUUAACCUCACAAAACUCGACGUGCUCUCGGAUCUUUCAGAAAUUCAGCUCGGUGUUGCGUAUAAGCGGAGUGACGGGACUCACCUCGAAUCAUUCCCUGGUGAUCUCCGUCUUCUCGAGGAUUUACAAGUGGAGUACGAAGUAUUACCUGGAUGGAAAUCUGACAUUUCUUCCGUAAGAAGUUACAGCGAUCUUCCAAAGGCGGCGCGGCAAUACGUGGAGAGGGUCGAAGAACUGGUCGGGGUGCCCGUUCAUUACAUCGGGGUGGGGCCUGGCCGGGACGCUCUCAUAUUCAAGUGAACCCUCUCUGUUUUCAUUGGUAAAACCAUAUAUAAUAAGCGACUGCCUCAUUGUUUCGAGAUAUUGGGAAGUAGCGAUUAGGCUUCUGGAUUUUUCAAGUGCAUUGGGCUGUUGAAGUUGUAGUCUUCAUAAACUUCUCUUCAUUCGGUGAA